AUGCGGGCCGCCGGAACGCGAACUGCUGCGGCGGCGCGAGCGCUCUCUUCCUACAGCCAGCGCCCUGGCAUCGCGCGCACAUUCGCCCAGCGACUAGACGUGGCGUCGCGUGCGUGGCAGCAAAAGUGGGUGCAGGUGCUCCUCGCACCGGCCGCUACGAGGAGCUGUGCAUCGACCCGCCAGUUGCCAGUGCAAGCCGAACCGAAGCAUAAGUUCGCAUGGGCCGUAACGGAUAUGGCGCCACCGUCGCCCGGUCGCGGGAUCAUUGGCCGGUCGGCGAACGUCGACGUGACCAAGUCGGAGAACCCUAUCAAGCGCUGGCAUUGGCUCUGGAAGCUGCUCGGGUUUCUCAACGAGGACGACCAGUUGUUCCGGCACUCGAGUGCUGUGUUCCAGAGCUGCAUGAACGCCACAGCGAGGCCCGAGUACUAUCAGGCACUGGGGAUCGGGCGCUCGUUUCGGUCGCAACAGGCGCUGCUGAUGGUGCACGUGUGGCUCGUGCACCGUCGCUUGGCGCUGGAAGGCGAGCAGGGGAAAGUCAUGCAGGAGCUCAUGUUUGAUCGGUUGUGGGAGGAAACCGUCGUGCGCAUUCGCUACUAUGGCAUCUCGGAGCUGGCGGUGAACAAGCACUUGGCAGAGGUGCAGCAAGUGUGCUUUAAUGCUUGCGUUGCGUACGACAAGGGCUUGACGGACGGGCCGAACGUGUUGCAGACGGCGGUGGCCCAGCAUUUGCUGGAGAAUGAGACGACAGAAGGGUUGCGGAUUGCCAGCAUCAUGGCAAUCCACAUGAAGCGUGAGCUCAAGCACCUCGAGAAGGUGGAUGCCAAGUACAUUGUAGAGGGCACGAUUCCGUGGAGCUCGUUUCCAGCGACUUCCCUGUCUGCAGCCAACAAGUCCGGCAUGGACGACGACGACGACGAUGACGAUGUGGUGCUCAUCGGGCAGCGGUUUGGCAAUUGGCGUUCAGCAUUGGACAACCGCGGGCGACUCUACUACUGGAACCUCACCACGCGGUACUCUGUCUGGGAUCGUCCCACGGGCGACAAACUACACGAAGGGAGUAAUGAGCACACGUCGUCUUGA